UUCAAGUCAAGAACUUGACUGUGAAGCUUACAAUCUCUGACAUGGAAAUGUAGUGUAAUGACACAUUCUACAUUUAUUGUUAUUAUUAUUUUUUUCAGUUACAGAUGAAGCAACUUGCAAAACAUUCCUAAAUACGAAGGAAGAAGAAUAUUUAAAUGUAAAUCAUCAUUAUUCAUUUUUAUCCAUCAAAGUGGCUUCAUUCCACUCUCUCUGUGUUCAUAUCUUGCAUCAAAUAUUAGAUAAAUCAAAGCGUGUAGGAGAAAAAAGUGCUUUUCAUGGUCAUCGCUCUUUGUGAUGAGAAUGCUAAGGCACCAGUAUAUCUCCUUUAGGAGCUUUGUUGGGUCUAGUGGAACACCCCAGGCAGUGUUCACCUUCCUUCUGCUUCCAUGUUGUUUGGCUCUGGACUUCAGAGCACCCCCUCUUAUUUCAAACACUUCUUUCCUCUGGGCCUGGAAUGCCCCAGUUGAACGUUGUGUUAACAAAAGAUUCAAACUACCACCAGAUCUGAGACUCUUCUCUGUAAGAGGAAGCCCGCAAAAAAGUGCUACGGGACAAUUUAUUACAUUAUUUUAUGCUGAUAGACUCGGCUACUAUCCUCAUAUAGACGAAAAAACGGGCAACACCGUACACGGAGGAAUUCCCCAGUUGGGAAACUUAAAAAAUCAUUUGGAGAAAGCAAAAAACGACAUUGCCUAUUACAUACCAAAUGACAGUGUGGGCUUGGCUGUCAUUGACUGGGAAAACUGGAGGCCUACCUGGGCAAGAAACUGGAAACCUAAAGAUGUUUACAGGGAUGAGUCUGUUGAGUUGGUUCUGCAAAAAAAUCUGCAACUCAAUUUCCCAGAGGCUUCCAAGAUUGCAAAAGUGGAUUUUGAGACGGCAGGAAAGAAUUUCAUGCAAGAGACUUUAAAAUUGGGAAAAUUACUUCGGCCAAAUCACUUAUGGGGUUAUUAUCUUUUUCCUGAUUGUUACAAUCAUAAUUAUAACCAUCCUGCUUACAAUGGAAGUUGCCCUGAUUUAGAAAAAAAGAGAAAUGAUGAUCUCGACUGGUUGUGGAAGGAAAGCACUGCCCUUUUCCCUUCUGUUUAUUUGAAUAUCAAGUUAAAAUCUACUCCAAAAGCUGCCUUCUAUGUUCGCAAUCGUGUCCAGGAAGCCAUUCGGUUGUCUAAAAUAGCGAGUGUUGAAAGUCCACUUCCGGUUUUUGUAUAUGCCCGCCCAGUUUUUACUGAUGGGUCUUCAACAUACCUUUCUCAGGGUGACCUUGUGAAUACGGUUGGUGAGAUCGUUGCUCUAGGUGCCUCUGGGAUUAUAAUGUGGGGCAGUCUCAAUCUAAGCCUAUCUAUGCAAUCUUGCAUGAACCUAGGCAAUUACUUGAACACUACACUGAAUCCUUACAUAAUCAACGUCACCCUAGCAGCCAAAAUGUGUAGCCAAGUGCUUUGCCACGAUGAAGGAGUGUGUACAAGGAAACACUGGGAUUCAAGCGACUAUCUUCACCUGAACCCAACGAAUUUUGCUAUUCAAACUGGGAAAGAUGGAAAAUACACAGUACCUGGGGAAGUCACACUUGAAGACCUGCAGAAGUUUUCUGAUAAAUUUUAUUGCAGUUGUUAUGCCAACAUCCACUGUAAGAAGAGAGUUGAUAUAAAAAAUGUUCGUAGUGUUAAUGUAUGUAUGGCAGAAGACAUUUGUGUAGAAGGCCCUGUGAAGUUACAGCCCAGUGAUCACUCCUCUAGCCAGAAUGAGGCAUCUGCUACCACUUCCGGCAGUACCUCCCCCUCCACUACAACUGCCACAGUACCUCCAUGUACUCCUGAGAAACAGUCCCCUGAGUGCCUCAAAGUCAAGUGUUUGGAAGUCAUCUCCAGCGUCACAAAAAAGGGGUGUCAAAGUGUUAAAUGGAAGAACACUCCCGGUCAGUCACGUAUUCAAAAUCUUAAAAAUCAAACAACCAAUUAAAAUCAAAUUCAGUACUUA